AAAAUAAUCUAUAUUGAUUACAGUUAUCAAGUUUUAAUAGACAUUCCUUUUUAUUUCCCAACAGUCUUACUCCCGAAGGAUCCGGUAUAUACCACAUCUCAUAACAAGCAAGUGAAUCUCUAAGGGUUUGUUGGCCUUACAGUAGUUUCUUGUUCUUCUUCAUUGAUCGUUGAAAAAUACCAUCUUCGACUAUUUCAUUCAAGAUUUACUUUUUCCCCUGAGGCUUAACUGAAUGAGAACCUAAUUACAAUUAAUACAGAACAACUUUUUAUUUACUUUUUUUUACCAAUAUUCAUCGAUUAAUGAUAGUGUGAUUAUGAAAUAUGCAAGAACAUAUCAAUUGUGACCCUAGCAGCAAGUGUAUCGAAUUGUACUCAUCUAAACAACUAUUGUUAUGAAUAUCCAUUGAAGCGUGGAAUCAGUCUUGGUGUUAUUACUUUCUUCUACUUGUGCAUAUAUUGACAGAAAUCCUGUGAAAAAUCCCUUAAGAUCUGCAGAUUAUUUGUUACCCCCUUGAGGAUUCACAUAGAUCCAUUUUAUGCAUAUACACGUACAUGCACACACACAUGCGUAAAUUUGAUCGAUUUCUACUGUUCUCAAUGAAAAAAGGUGAGUGAAGCCAGUCACCACUGAUAGCACUGUAUUCAACGUAAAUAUCAAACAUUAUAUCAGUGUAAUGGCCACAACAAUGAGUUUAUCUACAAAUAUUGAUUUGUCAUCACGUGGACAUGAUAUAAUGCUGCAAAGCAAUACUAACUCAUUAGAUCAGUCUAUUCCACCACAAUUAUUCACUCAACUAGGAUCGAUAUCAUCAAUAACACGCGAUUCAAGUGAUUUACGCUCAAAUCUAAAUAUGGUGGACAGACAUUUAAACAAUAAUAAUAAUAAUUUCCCAUUUAUGCAUGAUUCACAAUAUUCAAUACCGAAUCAGUUGACAUCGAAUUCACACUUGAUCAAUACACCGAAUACUUCAAAUUAUUUUACACAAUCUACGAAUUUAUCCGCAGCUGCAUGUGUAGGGAUGUUCCAACAGCAGCAACAACAACACCAACAACAUCAGCAUCAACAUUCAGAUUUGAAACGUGAUGAUUAUGAAAUGUUAAGUGUGGCAACAGAUCCAACGAAUCAAUUCGGUUUGGUACGUUCAUGGAUAGCUCAGCAACAACAUCAUCAUCUUCAUCAUAAUUCACCAGAGUGUACAACUUCCUCACCAGAUCACUCUAACUUUACGCUAAUCACUGGAUCAAAUCAACUGCAUAGUUGUUUUGCAAAUCAAUCACAAAAUAAUUUUAAUCAUAUUGUGCCAAUAUCACCAAUUCCUGGAGGGAAACAGAAUACUACUACUAAUGCCAACAAUAAUAGUAAUGGUAACAACGGUAACGAUAAUAAUAGUAAUAGUAAUAAUAAUAAUACUAUUAGUACGCAUAAUAAUGGUGGAAUGGUUUCGGCAUAUUCAGCCGUUGCAGCCGUACAUCAUUUAACGCAAAUGAGCAAUCAGAUGGUUGGUGCAGUGGCUGCUAAUCAUAACCAUCACAACAAUAACAAUAAUGGAAACGAUCCAAUUAGUUGUUUAUUUGACAGUUCAACGGGUUCAAUGAUCAAUUCUCAUGUUUCAUUUACCAACAGAGGUUUAUCAAACCACGUAACUACUGGGACAAGGUAUUCACAUUGUACACCACGAAUGGAAGUGGCCUGGGCCCGUUUUGAAAAACAACCACCGAAUAAUUUACGUAAAAGCAAUUUUUUCCACUUUAUCAUUGCUUUAUAUGAUCAGAAUCGGCAUCCAAUAGAAGUGGAACGUGCUGCAUUCAUUGACUUUGUAGAAAAGGACAAGGAACCAGAGGGUGAGAAAACCAAUAAUGGGAUUCAUUAUCGGAUACGUUUACUAUUUGCUAAUGGUGUUCAACAAGAUCAGGACUUGUAUAUUCGACUGGUGGAUUCAUCUACAAAACAACCUAUUGCCUAUGAGGGGCAAGAUAAAAACCCUGAAAUGUGUCGAGUAUUACUUACACACGAAGUGAUGUGUAGUCGGUGUUGUGAGCGAAAAAGUUGUGGCAAUCGAAAUGAAACUCCAUCGGAUCCUGUAAUAUUAGAUCGGCAUUUUCUAAAAUUUUUUAUGAAAUGCAAUCAGAAUUGUUUAAAAAAUGCUGGAAAUCCACGUGAUAUGCGACGAUUUCAGGUUGCAAUAUCAUCAACUCAUGCAAUUGAACGUAAAUUACUUUGCAUAUCAGACAAUAUGUUUGUGCAUAAUAAUUCAAAGCAUGGGCGUCGAAUUCGUAGAACAGAUCCAGCAGAUGGCGGUGUUUACUCAACUAUAAGUCCAGUGAUUAAAGCACUGAGUCCAAAUGAAGGAUGGGUUACAGGAGGUGAAACGAUCACAGUGAUUGGUGAGAAUUUUUUUCCUGGUCUACAAAUUGUUUUUGGAUCAACUGCCGUAUGGGGUGAACUGAUUACACAGCAUGCUCUUCGCGUCAGUACGCCUCCAAGACAUUUAUCCGGUGUUGUAGAAGUUACCUUGGCAUUUAAAAAUAAAACCUUUUGUAAAAACAAUCCCAGUCGAUUUGCUUAUAUUGCUAUGACUGACCCGACAAUUGAAUAUGGAUUUCAAAGAUUAUGCAAGAUUAUUCCACGACAUCCUGGUGAUCCAGAACGUCUACCACGUGAAUUAAUAUUAAAGCGUGCAGCAGAUUUAGCCGAGGCCUUGUAUACAAUGCCCAAUCGUAGUAUAGGAUUUCGAUCACCACCACCGCCUUCUGUACCAUCACAGCCGCCAUCUUCAUCAUCUUCCAUAUAUUGUACUGGUCAAGAAGAACAACAGCGUUUAACAGAUGGUAACCGAAAUUCAGACAGUCUUUGCACAACGAUUUCAAAAUUUCCUCCAUCAGAUAAUAAUAAUAACAGCAUGAAUAGUCGAAAUAUUUCGUUAUACCCUAAUAUCUCACCAAUGGAAAUGGAGUCGAUGAAUAGUUUCCUGGCACUGACUGCUCAUAGUGGUAUCAAUUUUUAUCCACAUGGAACAACACAAAUAACACCAUUAAAUGUUCCAAGUCUAGAUCUCAGUGAACAUCGUGAUCCUUUAACUUCACAGAAUCCAAGACUAAUACACAAAACAUUCUAUCCAUUUGGUGUUAAAGAACCAUCUCAGUGUAAUACAACAGGAGUUUCAACCCACUUAUUACAGUCAAACUCAGAUUCUACAUCGAUUGUCAAUGAUGAUAUUGUGAGUAUGAGUCAAAAUAGUCCUGGGAGUGGUGGGGCUACCAGUAGUUGUUUGGAAAGUGCUCACAGUGAAACUAACUGCCUGGAUAAUCCUAAUCGUAAUUCACCAUGUGAUUCUGAGCAUGAGGAAGUGAAUAACUCACCAGAUGUCAGUCGUCAUCAUCAUCAGCAGCAACAACAGCAACAGAAGCAUCACAAUACUAAUCAAACACACUCUCAUUCACAUACACAAUCAAGUCUUCAUCGAAAACAUCACCAACAGUUUAGUGGUAUCAAUGUAGAUGAUGGGGAAGAUGGUCGGUUAAAUGACAAUGAACCAGGUUUAUUGGUAGGAAACAAAAAAUCAAGAAUAUCAGAUAUCUAUGCAUCAUCCAUUCAUCAUCACCAUCAUCCGUUAAAGAGGCUACGCUGUGAUUGGUUGGUAGAGGAAAAAAAUCUUGAUGAAGGUAGACAACACCAUGAACUGUGUACGACCAAAUUGACUACUGAUUCAUUUCAAACUAUCUCAAGGAAUAUAGCACCAUUUCUAAGGCAUAUAAAUGAUGAUGCCAAUACUACACCUGAAACGAAUUCAUCAACUUCACUUAGAAAUUGUAAUGAAAAGCAAAUUGUUUCUCCAGGUUUUUUGCAAAGAGUAAAUAAUGCUUGUAUGUCUCAAGAGAAUAUGCUCAACUCGAAUAAUCGUUUAUUGAAAUCAGUGCAAGCAAAUGACAACUAUGCGUAUAAUGAACAUGGUGUUCAAACAAGUAACAAUGUUACACAAUCAAUUUGCCCUCAAAUAACUUCCUAUUCAAAACUAAAUAAAUUAUCCUCAGUUUAUGAGAACAGAGAUCUACAACAUAUUGGCUAUUCAAAGCCUAAUUCUAGGCUACCAAGCAGCAACUUAAUCUCGAUAGAUGAGAAUAAAACUACAGAAAAUAGUAAUAACAGCAAUAAUAAUAGCAGUAAUAAUUCAUGGAGUGGAUCAUACAAUUUACAGACGUCAUCUAAUUCCCUAAUGUAUUGUGCUGAUAAUUGUGCUAAUCAUGAUAUGGAACCAACAACUGUGUGUUCUACAACAGAAUCAUUGAUACCAACUUCAACGAUCUCAUUUUCAUCUUCUUCAACAGCACCAUCGGUGAUAGCGAGAACAAACUCUAUGCAUCUUAAUAAUGAACAGCACUGUCAUUUAAUGAUUAGACCAGAAGUGAACGAAGUGUCAAGAUCUAAUGGUCCAAUCAGUAGUCACGUCUACCAUUCAACUCCAACAUCAACAUCUUCAUCGUUAACAUCAUCUGCAACUAAUCGUACUUCAAAAGACAAUGAUCCAGGUAUACUGUGGUCGAGAUAGUAAUAAUUAUGGUGAUUUGAAGUUAUAAUAAUCAAUACUUUCAAAGUCAACAGAAAUUUUGUGAAAAUCACUGAUACAAUGCACUAAACUCGUUCAUGUUUUGAUUGUGUUCUUAUCUUUGAUCAUCUAUUGUCUACAGUAAUGCAUGCAGUGUAUAAUUUGAUUCAAUGGAGAAUUCUGAAACUACAGGAUAUCUGAAUAUUACUUUUACUAGAAAAAUCAACACUUCUUUGAAUUAACUUCUCGAAAUAACUUUGAAUUUUGUACAGGAAAACAUAAUUUACAUAAAUACAUAAUUUCUGCCAAG